CGACUUCGCCGGCUGAUUUCUGCGAGUAACCUCGGCGCGACAAUCCGUGCACAUCUCUUUCCGCACGCAGCCAUGAAACUAUCAAUUUUUCUUAUUGCGAUGAUGUCAAUCGCGUGGGUAAAAACGGAAAAUAUAGGGAGAUCUGUUCGCGCGCCACAAGAGCAAAUCAAGUAUGCGGAUAGUGACGAUUCGAGGUUCCAUUCGGAGUACCUCGCACUGCAGGGCCAGUUGCGGUCGCAGCAAGCGAACGCUCAGCGAUCUCAACGUGCUGAGGGCGGCUCGCCCCUUCGUCUUCGACAAGCCCAACAACCGGCCCGGCCUCAACCUCAGCAAGCCCAACAGCAGGCUCAAGGUCCACAGUAUUACAGUUACAAGCCGUAUUCAGCAGUGCCGAGUCAUAUUAAACAGCUGAUCGAUUCGGUCUAUCAGCCGCAAGCUCCUUAUGUUGAUCCUACAUCUUUCAUUUACGGCGGCAACUAUUUUGCGGCGGCACCAAAGCAACGUGAGCAACCGGCUCCUGCCGCUUCCGAAUAUCCUCGUGGUGCGUAUUUACAACCGGCGGAGAGAUACCAGUCGAUUGAUCCUCAAAGAGCGCAGCCCAGGUAUGAUUACAGCGAUAGAAGAGUAGAGCGUCAGGAUAGAGUCGCCUAUAAGGAGGAUUAUGAACAGCAACAGCAACAGCAACAGCAGCAGCAGCAACAGCAGCAGCAGCAGCAACAGAUCGUAGCGUUUCCAUUAGCAGCCGUACCAGAAUCUCCAAUGCCUACUCUAUAUUUGGAUAGGAAUAUGCCUACAGAGAUCAAGCAAUUGCUAAAAUAUCAGGCACAGAUACCAUAUGACCUUACAGCGAAUCGUAUUCAAUACACACCGAAAAGCGUUUUCGUCCCCAAGCCGUUGCCCAAUGAUGCCAAAGGACCCUAUUAUUACCGUAGUAAGGUUUACUAUCCAAGCAAUGAUAACAUUGACGCGGAAUAUUCGCAGAACAAGCCGGUCGAUGAGGAACAGCGCCAUUGACCGAAAAUUGAUCUAUAAUAUGUAAUACGAUUUAUAUAAUUUAAUAUUCUAUUUCUUGGUGUUCUUUGAAGAGAAGUCAGCUGGUUCUAAAACUCUAUCGAGUUGAAUCUCAUUCUCAUACGCCGAAAUAGGUUUUAGAUUUUGAUAUUAUCGAGGCUUUGUUAAAACGAGUCUCUUAUGUUUUAAAUUAUUAUACCGCUUCUUGAGAUGUAACGAUGUAUGUCUACCGUGUAUAUGACAUUUGCCAACAACCCAAUCACUGCGGAAUUUUUCUUUAGAGACCAAAAAUAAAUAAAUGUUCAUCCGACAAUUAGA